CCCUCCCCUAUUUAGAGCCCUUCUUCUCGUGGCCUCACCCCCAUUCCUGGAAUUGCGGGCUGUCCAUUCUGUCCUGUACCUCCUUAUGAUCUGUCAGUCCCAUCCAAUUCCAGAUGUUUGCAGCUCCCCUUUAUCAUUCUGCUGUGCAGCCCAGUUUUUCCAUAACUCUUAUAGGUGAUCUAGGUACUGUGAGAGAUGCAGGUGAUGGACUGAAGCAAGAGGAAAUAGACACUUACUCCCUUCGAUGGCUCGCCCCAGAGAUGAUAAGCAGUGGAAUUUUUGACAGGAAGGGUGAUGUCUACUGCAUUUCCAACAUAAUUUGGGAGCUCUUGACGGCAGAAGUUCCAUUCGGAAACAUGAAUGGGAUCCAAGCAGCACUGUCUAUUGCAGACCAUGGGCUUCGACCACAUAUCCCAGACACGUGUCCACCUGAGGUUGCUCGGCUUAUCACCGCCUGCUGGAAUCCUUCUGCGAGCGAGCGCCCCGAUCCUGAUGACAUCAUCCACGUCUUAGGCGGUCUGACCAUGUACUUCCCUGAAUGCUCUAUCACCACCACCACGGCGGGGACCACCACCCCGACCGCCACCAUGACCCGGCAAUGUUCCCCAUCCUCCCAACCUCUAUCCCCUCUAUCCCAUAAUAACUGGCUGCUUAGCCCAAGUUCCUCGACAGGACUGAUCUCAGAUGUGUCCAGACCAGCGCUUAAACAGGAUGCUGGCACUACCGGUAGCAGCAGUGAACCCGUCCCUCCUUACCCCAAUACUGUAAUUACCCACCUCGCGAAUACCUCCUUGCCUUGCACCACCGCCGCCACAAGCACCUCUUCUCCCUCCGCUGCAAAUGCACUACUGGCAAAUACACCCGGCACAAAUACCUCCCCCACCAAUACCCCGGCCCUGGCAAACUACCCCCCAGCAACUGCAGCAGUCAUCUCCAGUUUCCUCUGUUCCUCUACUGAAAUAUCUCGAUCUUCCUUCUUUCCCACCCAGUCAAGCAGCAAGCGUUCCACAAUCAGUCAGCUGGAACUUCUACGGAGCAAGGCGGGAGAAGGGGGGUAUGUGGUCACGGACGCCGAUGAAGACGAUGACGACAUUCUCGACAAGCUAUGGAGCCAAUUCUUUGCUUUGGACAACACCUCCAGCAAUGACCAUGGAAUUAAUGGCAGACCCAACAACAACAGCGACCCCUAUGCGACAAGCAGAAGCACCGAGCUAGGCAACAAGGACAGCAGGAGGGACUGCCAUCACCAUCUCCAUCACCACAGCCGCAGCAGCGGGGGACACAGUCAUAGCCACGGGGGUAGAGAUUUGGCCAAAGAGCAUUGUGGUAGUAGUUGUCCAACGCGGAGUGUCGUUUGCAUCUUGGUAGUGAAGGUUAGAAGGAUCUUUGCCAAGCUCAGAGAGACUCGGCGAUCAGAGAAGAAGGGGGGCACUUUGCCUUCAACCACCGCCAACUUGUCCGCUAUGUCCGCUAUGGGUGAUAAUAGCGAAACUUCCAGCAUCUCUGCCAAUGUCUUGGCCAUGAAACAGCAGGAUCAAAUCUCAGCCGACAACCUCAUGGUCGAGUUCCGUGUGGUGCGGCAGGCUAUCCACAGGAUGAGCUUUCCUGCAACUGCAACUUCCUCGGGCGACAGCACGACAGUAACAAUCACGGACACCAAAACCACAGUGUCAGAGUCUUGUGGCAUCGAGACGCCCGCUGCAUGUCGCAUACCCUCAGCACAACCAGAGGCUAGCAGCAGCACACAACAUCAUCAUCAUCACCAUAUCCAACACCACAAGCAGCAGCAGGAUGUCAUCCUGGAUGAGUGCCAUGGCCAGAAGAACGAUCGCCACAGUCAGCUGCAUCAGCUUCAGUUGCAUCACAAUCAGCACUGUCAUCAACAACAUGCAAAUCACCAUCAUCAUUAUCAGCAGCAGAAGCAGCAGCAGCAGGUGGAGGAGCAAGAGCAGCGUGAUGGAAGCCAUGGGAGCAAGAAGAACUUGGGGAGGGAAGUAGAAAGCAGCAGCGUCAAGAAGAUAAGGAACAAUAGCUCAGCUGCAGUGAGCAUAGGAGGAGAGCGAGUGGCAACGGUGAGUGAGAGGGAGAGGGAGAAGCCCAGCUUGACAGGCAAUGCAGUGGCCCAGGGAAGGAAAGACCUAGAAGGCAGUAAAGCUGCUUUGGAAGAGACAGAAUUCGGCCUUGUGAGGGGGUGGAAAGAGAGGGAGAUGCAGAGGGAGAGGCAAUGGCAAGGAGAGAGGGAGAGAGAGAGGGAGGAAGCCGUAUCCAAGACUGGAAGUCUUGGUACACCCAUGGGUGACUGGGAAUCUGAUGUAACCGAGGGGCUGUGUAAUGGCCGUAACGGGACCGGCCUGGUGGGGUUAUCUUGGGUGUCAACCCCUACUCUGGACCAUACCCUUUACCCUCCAUCAGACGGGGGCUUGCAGACUCAGGGGUCAAGCUCGAUGGCUGCAGAUGGAGUGGUUGUUCUUGCCAAAGGCCCAGAAACCCAUUCAGACCUUAGCCUUAGCCGAGCGGGCUGGCGACUUCCCCUAAGGGCCAAAACCGGCCAUGACAAUGAUUCCAGGACGACGACAGCACCAACGAUUGAGGACGAUGGACGGCUAGCCGCCUUUUUUGCAAUUGCUGCAGCCAUGCAGAGACCGAGGUCACGUCUCCUAUCGUGCUUUUAUCCCACUGCAAAACAUGGCCAAACAUGGGGUUCGAACCUGGGUUCAGAACUUCCUGCUCAGGCUCUUCCAACAAGUAAGGGCAGUGACGAAGGUUAGCAGCAGGCUCUUAAGGCAGGUAAUCCACCACAAACAAUAAGUAGCAAGUCCGACAUA